GUUUGACGUUUUGGUUAAUGGCGGCGGCGCUGUCACCUUACAAUUCCAACGUUCGCCAUUCCGUCCACUGACGCGCACCGUCUUUGUGCCCUGGAAUCGCAUCGUGGUGCUGCCCCCCGUCCAGAUGCAGCUGAGCGACGACGAUGAGACGACCAGCCGCAAUAUCAAAGUGGCUCCAUUGAAUCCGGCGCUGACGUUCCUCAACUCCAUACACUAUCACACGGCGGACGAGGCGAACGAUGCAAGCAAAGUGUGCAUGGACCACGAUCACGAGAAGCUGAAGCCGCAGCUGAUUAGCACUUGGAUGCCAAACGGCGUGGGCGCGAUGCCCGGCAAGCGCGUCAUCUUUGCCGAGACCCAGAUUGUCCAGGAGUCGAUUCAAAUACCCGGCUCCGACCUGCAUCUCACAUACCAAUCGUCGCAAGCCUCUGGCUAUUUGAGCAUUGUGCGCAUGCGGCUGACCUCGGAGAUGAUACCCAAGACGCUGACCCAUGUGCAUGUGGGCGUGGAGAUCGAGGGCGCACUGCACGUGAAGACCUACGAGGCCGAUCCGAACCUGAUUCACACGUUUGCCUGGAACAAGCGCAACGUCUACCGGCAGAAGGUCUACGGCGUGACCAUCGCCCGCAUCUCCGUGGGCUAUCAGCACAGCACGUGCCUGACUCCGGUUUGGAUAACGCAGACCGCGAAGCUGCAGGGCUACGAUGUGGACAUCUCCGAUAUCGGUGGCUGGGGCCUGGACAUUCACCAUCAUUACAACUUCCAUGAGGGCAUACUGCAGAAGGGCGACGGCUCCACGCUCCACAUGAAGGAGUAUCCGCGCACGGUCAAGGUCGUCAUGGGCACGGGUCUGCAGCGUCCGCUCAACUGUCCGGACUACUGCAACGGCGUGGCCAAGGACGCCAAGCUCCUGACACCGAUCGCCCUGGCCACGGGACCCGACGGCAGUCUCUACGUGGGCGACUUCAAUCUGGUGCGUCGCAUCACGCCCGACGGCAAGGUCUUCACCAUACUCCAGCUGAGCGCUACCCAAGUCUCGUAUCAGUACUAUUUGGCCGUAUCGCCGGCCGACGGACACCUGUACAUUUCGGAUCCGGAACGGCAUCAGAUACUGCGCCUGCUGCGGCUCGAGAAGGUCAAGGAUCCCAGCAUCAACAGUGAGCCCGUCGUGGGCAGCGGCCAGCGCUGCAUUCCCGGCGACGAGGGCAACUGCGGCGACGGCGGCCCCGCCCUGCAGGCGCGCCUCUCCCAUCCCAAGGGCCUGGCCAUUGCCGCCGAUCGCACCAUGUACAUCGCCGACGGCACCAACAUACGCGCCGUCGAUCCCAAGGGCGUCAUUCACACGCUCAUCGGCCAUCACGGCCAUCACAAUCACUGGAGUCCGGCGCCCUGCUCGGGCACCCUGAUGGCCAACCAGGCCCAGCUGCAAUGGCCCACAGGCCUGGCACUUAGUCCGCUCGACGGCUCGCUGCACUUCAUCGACGAUCGGCUCGUGCUGCGUCUCACGUCGGACAUGAAGAUACGCGUGGUGGCUGGCACGCCGUUGCACUGCAGCAACAACGGGCCGGACAAUCGCGUCAACAAGACGGCCACGGACAAUGUCCUCGGCACCGUCCUGGCCAUGGCCUUCUCACCCUUCGGCGAUCUCUACAUAGCGGACAGCGACUCGAGGCGCAUCAACUCGAUACGCGUCGUCGACACCGCCGGAAAUAUGCGUUACUUUGCUGGCAAACAGGAGGGCACCGGCACUCAGACCUGCGACUGUGCAAUUGGAAAUGGCAGCAAUGGCUCGGCGGCCGCCGGACUGGGCGUGGCCAGUGGAGGCGCCUACUCAACGACCGUGAAUCCGACACGCAAUAAUGGCGGCACGACGCCGACGACACCAGCUGGCGGAAACGGAAAUAAUGGCAGCUCUGCCGCUGGCAGCGCCGGCAGCAGCGGCAGCGGCAGCGGCGCUGGCGUACUGAACAGCAGCGGCGUCUGCGUCUGCCCCGGCGGCAGCAUCUCCGGCAGCAACUCGGGCACACUUGCCGGCAUUGUGGCCGGCGGCAGCCUAAUGUCCACCGGCCCCACCACAACCACAACAGUGCUGCUGGGCGCCAAGACAACAGCUGGCGGCGCCGGCUCCAAUCUGGGCCUGGGCGCCACCCUAAACGACGACGGCACCCUGAGCAACGCCGAGACGCUGCUCUCCUCGAACGCCCGCUUCCAGGCCAUCUCGGCCAUCGCGGUGGCCCAGGACGGUGUCAUCAAUGUGGCCGAUCAAGGCUCGCUGCACGUGCUCGCCUUGGAGCACUAUUUGCCGUCGCACGAUGAGAACGGCGAGUUCCACAUACCGUUCCCGCCGUCCAGUGAGAUCUACGUGUUCAAUCGCUAUGGCCAGCAUGUGGCCACCAAGGAUCUGACGUCGGGCAAGACACGCUACAGUUUCCUCUACUCGAAGAACACCAGCUUCGGCCGCCUGUCGACGGUGACGGAUGCCUCGGGCAAUAAGAUCCAGUUCUUGCGUGACUACAGCAACGUGGUGAGCUCCAUUGAGAACACCCAGGAUCACAAGUCGGAGAUACAGAUCAAUGGCAUCGGCAUCAUGACCAAGCUGAGCGAGAAGGGGCGGCAGGAGAUCGAGCUGGACUACGACAGCAAUACGGGCCUGUUGAACUCGCGCUCCUCGGGCGGCGAGACGUACAUCUAUCAGUACGAUGAAUUUGGCCGUGUCACGGGCAUGAUACUGCCCAGCGGCGAGAUCGUGCGCAUCACCUCACAGCUGGCGGACAACAAGGGACUCACGAUCUAUGUGCACGCCUCGGUCGAAUCGCUCUUCUCACGGGAGCGCGUGUCCGGCGUAGGCGCCGCCGGCGAUAGCAAUGCCAACGAGCUGCUGGUCCUGGGUGGCGUACGCUCGACCUUCCUGAAGCGCGGACGCGCCCACGCCGAUGCCGAGCUGAAGGCCAACAACACGCUGGUCAUACACGGCGCCAAUGGCGUCGUCGUCGAGGCCUCGGCCGUGGCUCGGCAUCCUCUGCUGGAGGCGGCGCUGCCCGUCGAGGCCGAAAUGCUGGCCAUGUGGUCGCACCAGAGCGUCACCAUGGGCGAUGGCCUAACCAACUCGAUGUACUCCGUCUACAAUCUGGUCGGCGAUGUGCGCAAUCCGCAGCAGACGCUGAAUCGCGAGAUUUGGGUGAAUCAGUCGCGUGUCAUUGGCGUCGAGUUCGAUCAGUUCACCAAUCGGGAGACGUUCUACGACGCGAAUCGCACGCCCAUACUGAUUGUGGCCUACGAUCAGUCCGGCUUGCCCAAGUCCUACUAUCCGACCAAUGGCUAUCCCGUGAACAUCACCUACGAUCGCUUCAAUCGUGUCGAGGGCUGGGCCUGGGGCCCGGCUGAGCUGAAGUACAGCUACGAUCGUCACGGCCUGCUCUCGGAGAUCACCUCACAGCAGGACGGCAUCAUCAGCUUCGUGUACAACGACUGGAACCUCGUCUCGGAGAUCGGCCUGGCCAGCCAGCGCAAGUUUGUGCUGCAGUACGACGAUGCCGGCGGCUUGAGGCAUGUCGUCCUGCCGUCGGGCACACGGCACAGCUUCAGCAUGCAGACCUCGAUCGGCUUCAUUCGCUGCACCUACACGCCGCCGGGCAGCACGCGCGCCUACCUGCAGCACUACAGCCAUGCGGGUGCCCUGCUGCAGACCAUAUUGCCCGGGGACGGUGCUCGCAUCGUCUAUCGCUACAAUGCGGCCGGCCAGCUGACGGAGGUGGUGCACGGCGACGGACGUAGCGAGUUCCAGUACAACGAUGCCACUGGCAUGCCCAGCACCGUCUCGCAUGCCGAGCGGGAGCUGGAGUACCGCUGGGACUUUGAGUACGCCGCGGGCCUGUUGACCGAGGAGCGCAUCGACUACGUGGCCAAGACGGGCCUGAGCAAUGCCAAGUUUAGCUACGAAUAUGACAGCCAGCUGCGCGUCGUGGCACUACAGGGCCGCAUCGGCGGCCAGAGCUUGCCCAGCCAGGCGUACGCCUACGACCGGCGCACCGGACAGCCCAGCCUGAUUGGCCAGUUCAAGUUCACGCGGCCAGCUCUGAACCAGACCCAGCUGCACGACGGCACCGCUGGCUUUACGCGCACCGUCGACGGCCGCUUCCAGACGCAGUGCAUGGCCCUGUCCAUACACCGGCUGGAGGUGUUCCGCAUGGAGUUCACGUACGGUGUCCACGGCCGCAUCUCGCAGACCCGCACCUACACCCGCAACAUGGCCGUCAACAGCUACACGAAUGUGAAGAACUACACGUGGGACUGCGACGGGCAGCUGGUGGGCGUCGAGGCGCAGGAGCCGUGGGGCUUCCGGUACGACGACAACGGCAAUCUGCUAUCCCUGACGUACCGCGGCAACACCAUACCCAUGGAGUACAAUGCCCAGGACCGCAUCGUCAAGUUCGGCGAGGGCCAGUACAAGUACGACGCCAGGGGCUUGGUGGCGCAGAAUGCGCGGGAGGAGCGCUUCCACUACAAUACCCAGGGUCUCUUGGUGCGCGCCUCGAAGCGCGGACGGUUCGACGUCCGAUACUACUAUGAUCAUCUGAAGCGCCUGACCACGCGCAAGGAUAACUUCGGCAAUGUCACCCAGUUCUUCUACACGAACCAGCAGCGCCCCUAUGAGGUGUCGCAGAUCUACUCGCCGCGCGAUGGCAAGCUGAUGUCGCUGACCUACGACGAUGUGGGCCACCUGAUCUACGCCCAGGUGUACAGGCACAAGUACUACGUGGCCACGGACCAGAGCGGCACCCCGCUGAUGCUGUUCAAUCAGUACGGCGAGGGCAUUCGGGAGAUAAUGCGUUCGCCGUUCGGCCACAUCGUGUACGAUUCGAAUCCGUAUCUGUACUUGCCCAUCGAUUUCUGUGGCGGCAUUCUGGACCAGGUGACGACGCUGGUGCACAUGGGCGAUGGACGGGUGUACGAUCCGUUGAUUGGCCAGUGGAUGUCGCCCGACUGGCAGCGGGUCGCCGAGCGCAUCAUAACACCCACGCGCCUCCAUUUGUAUCGCUUCAAUGGCAACGACCCCAUCAAUGUGGGCCAGGAGCGUCACUAUCCCGCCGACUUUGCCAGCUGGCUGCGCACCCUCGGCUACAACGUGGGCAACCUGAUGCCGCAGCUGGCCAAGGACUUGUGGCAGCCCCCAGCGCUGUGGGGCCGCCCGCCGACCAAUCCAAUAGCGCUCAACAUGCGCCGUCCCUUCGACAACAUACCCACCAUGGCCGUCGAGAGCGGCUUCCUGGCCCACCUCAACGUCCGUCGCAUGUCCGACUUUGAGCAGCUGUCGGCGCCACCGCGCUCCGCCCUCAAGUGCGAUGUCAUGGAUCCGUCGCCGCGGAUCAUUGGCUCCGACACGGAGCCGCCGUUUGGCAAGGGCAUUGUGGUGUCGCGCACCGCUGACGGCCAGGCGAUCGUCUCCAGCGUGCCGGCCGCGAACGCCAUCUAUCGGGAUGUCUAUACGAGCGUCUUCAACCGGUCCAAGCUGCUGCCGUUCACCUUCGUGGUGCACAAUGCCCAGCAGGACUCGUUCUUCUUCGUCAAGGAGGACGCGUGGCGCGCCAGCGAGGAUCGCCAGCAGCUGAAGCGUCUGCAGGGCCAGGUGAACACCACCUUCCAUGAGAUCACGCGCGAGUCGACGGCCGCCGGUGGGGCUGGUGCAGCAGCCGGUGGUGCAGGCGCUGGCAGCUCAUCUGGCGGCAAUUACCUGGACGUCAAGAUUCAUGGGGCGCAUGCGAUCAUCAAUCUGCGAUACGGCACCACCGUGGCCAAGGAGCAGCAGCGCCUGAUGCACCACGCCAAGCUGACGGCGGUGCGCAAGGCCUGGCAUCGCGAGAAGGAGGCGCUGCGCAGCGGCCUAACCACCGCGCUCGAGUGGACUCAGCAGGAGAGCGACGAGAUACUCAAGCAGAGCUAUGCCAACAACUAUGAGGGUGAGUAUAUACACGAUGUCGCGCUCUACCCGGAGCUGGCCGAGGACCCGUACAACAUCAAGUUCGUGAAGAAGAAGGGCGCCACUGGCGGUGCGGCCGGCGUCUCCAAUGUCCAGCGGCGGCGGCGCAGCCUCAGCUGGUCCACGGACGACCACGAAGCGGCGCCAGAUGCGGAGCCGGUCGCCUGUUAGCUCCUAGGAACCCCUCCCAAGUACGAAUUAACACAAGGAAAGCCCACUAAAUAUAAUUAAAUAUUUAUAAUUAUCAUAAAUACGAGUAUUAUAGCCACUGGGUUAGCAAAGGAACAGAGACAGAGACAGAGACAGAGACAGAGAAUCGCAGGAGAUAGAGAUAAAGCGAGGGCGCAACUG